CCGUCGAACAGUCUACAGCCUAGAGUGGUACGGAACGUGGACUAGUGAUCAAAACCAAACACCCCCUCGACAAAAAAUCGGGAUCAGUUCUCGCCCAGUUCUCGAAUCGCGGGCCAAACGACCUGGGAAAACGGAUUUCCAUUCCCGUCCAUCGAAGGAUAAACGCAGCAGCAUGAAGUUGAUGCGCACAGCGACAUCGCUGGCUUUGGUCCUGCUCCUGGCCACCAGUUACACUCGGGCCGAGGAGGAGAAGGCCGCCGCUCCCGCCGAGGAGAAGAAGGUUGAGCCGGAGGCCAAGGCUGCCGAGGCAGCGGCCAGCGAGGACACCACCAAAUCGAAGCGAGGACUGCACCACUACGAGGACUACCAUCACCACCACGUGCCCCACUUCCCGGUGCACGAGGAGAAGACACUGACGGUGAUCAAGAAGGUCCCAGUGCCCGUGCCCAUCGAAAAGAUCGUGCAUGUGCCGGUGGAGAAGCACAUCCAUGUGCCCGUUAAGGUCAAGGUGCCCAAGCCCUAUCCGGUGAUCAAGCACAUUCCCUACGAGGUCAAGGAGAUCGUGAAGGUUCCCUACGAGGUGCCAGCUCCCUAUCCCGUUGAGAAGCAGGUCCAUGUGCCAGUCCAUGUGCACUACGAUCGCCCAGUGCCCGUUAAGGUUCAUGUGCCCGCUCCUUACCCAGUCGAAAAGAAGGUCCAUGUGCCCGUCAAGGUCCAUGUCCCUGCUCCCUACCCCGUCGAGAAGAUUGUCCACUACAAUGUGGAGAAGCAUGUGCAUGUGGACAAGCCCUAUCCCGUGGAGAAGGUGGUCCACUAUCCCGUGAAGGUGCCCGUCGACAAGCCAGUGCCCCAUUACAUUGACAAACCAGUGCCCCACUAUGUGGACAAACCAGUGGCCGUGCCCGUGAUCAAGAAGGUGCCCGUUCCCGUCCAUGUGCCCUACGAUCGCCCCGUGCCCGUGCAUGUGGAGAAGCCAGUGCCCUAUGAGGUCAAGGUCCAUGUGCCCGCCCCCUACCCGGUGAUCAAGGAAGUGCCCGUGAAGGUCGAGAAACACGUUCCGUACCCGGUCAAGAUCCCCGUGGAGAAGCCCGUCCAUGUUCACAUCGAGAAGCACGUGCCGGAAUACCACGAGAAGCACAUCAGCUACAAGGAGCCCGAGUUCCAUCACAAGCACAUCGAGGAGGAGCACCAUCACGCCCCCGUCCAUCAUCAUCAGCAUCAGCAUUACUCCCAUCCCAUCGUGGAGCAUGAGCACGAGGUGGAGCAUGAAUUUGCCUCUCAUGAUUAUCAUUCAUAUCACGGCUACUAAACUGGUGAAUCGCACUCUUCUCUCUUUCUCUCCUCUUCUUUCGCUUUUCUUUACAGCAUUGAGAAUCAACUGGGAUGGCAAGCGAAUAAACUCUUCCAUUACCACAGUUUCCCAAAUCGAAAAAGAAAUAGAAAACCCCGA